UAAAGCAUAGUAAACAUUGGGCGAAAACGAUUUCUUCCCAAAGAAUUUUACUGCUGCGAUAAGUCUAUAGCAGAUGUAGUUCGCCCAGAAAGAACUACAGUACCGCGAGAGCUUGGCACGAAAGGACCUAUAUCUAAUCCCGUCCGUUCGUUACCAUAAAUUGAAAAAAAAAGAAAACAGUUUUGAAAAAUUAAAAUCGAAUAUAGUUCAUCGAAACGGUUACUUUUCUUUCCAAAAUCUUCUUCGGUAUAGUCUAUCUUUUGAAUGUUUUUAUUGGUUCAUGAUCAUAUUUUGCUUAAUUAAAGAAACUGACAUUUCGUGAGAACUGCGGGAAAAGUGUGCUAGUGUCCUUCGAGAAUAGGUUCAAAGUAAAUAUUUUUUUUCCUUGAUAAAAGGAAACUAUUGGAUGUUUUCAUCAUUUAUCACACGAAAUCAAUACGCUAUAUCUCACCAAAAACAUUUUGAUAUGUACUAUUACUAAAAGUGUUCUACGAAACUGAAAAAAAAUAUUUGAGGAUGUUCAGAGAAAGUAGUUCAUAGUGCUUUCGUUCGCUACAGUAUUGUGCAGCGGUGAAAACCGGAUUACACUUGUAGAAACUGCACAAAUAUUGUCCGAUUUCUACGAAAGGAUAUACCACCAGAGAGCAAGGUAAAACCUUGGAGUCCGCAGAGUACACCACAAAGGCUCUGACUCAUUACAAUAACAGCCAGGCAUUACCGACAAAAUAAGAUCGAAGAUUAACAGAACAAAGUCGAAAAUAAAUAUAGAUAACACCACUGACAAAAUGAAGAAACGUGACACGGAUUUAUGACUCGAAAAAGCCAAAUCGGGUGGCUGUAAAAUAAAAGUGACUACCCGUUCUCUGCCAGCUGCUUCGACCGUCACAACAUACACUCUGCCGUUACCGAAUAUCCUGCCCGCCUGCCCACAAAUACCAUAUAUCAGAAACACGGUCGCGUUCGAGCUGGGUGCAGAAGCUGGAAAUAACAGUGCAAACAAUAAACCAAAUCUUUUUGAAACUACAUCCACACUCGACAACAGUGACAGUUUCCAUCACCACAACAUAGAAAAUCAUAUAACAAUUAAGGACCCCGGCGUCAACAUUAACCCAGCCACAAAACCCGAUACAGCAGCCACCGUGGAUUCCCAAUCUACAGAUUACGUUAAAAACAAAUCCACAACCCGCAGUUGGCCGGUAAUACAUAGAAACAACUCCAACCGAUAUCACUUGCAACCGACGACGCAAAGUCACCGACGGCAACAAUCUCACCAGUACUACCAGUACGAUUAUGACGCCCUAAACAGUGGAAAUUGUUCAUCAAAUGAUACCAAUAAUAACAUCAACUAUAACUCAAACGAAGAUUAUCUAGUCGGUAGCAGUUACGAUAUAUCUCCAAGCAUUGAUAACUAUUAUUAUUCGCACUACAAGCCUAGUAUGCAACGGAUGACGGCGACGACAAUGACCACAACUACAGGGCAAGGCGGCGCUACCAUUACUUCCACCACACAACACCAAACUCAGCCCAACACUACAUGCUGUCUGAUGCCUCCACCAGUUCUUUUCCUUUUCUUUACUCUGCUAAUGACAUCUAGCGCAACAGCGAUGCUAUGUGCAGCCAUCAUGACCGAUCACUGGGAACAUGUGUCCUGGAAUCGAGACCAGCUAGAACGACUGAGCAACAAAUCUUCAAUCGAUCUAGAAUGGUACUUGGAUGGACGGGCUGCCAAGUUCUCAGUGUCUGAAGUGCACCGAAGAUCAUGGGAAACGAAAGGCAGAGAACCUGAGCUGCCUCGACGAUACGGGACCAAAUUCAACAAACCAGCUGUAGACAGUCGAGCCAAUGUGUUUCUGGUGCCAAUGAACGGCGGCAUUUGGACGCUUUGUGUCGAUCUCACACCCCAAGAAAUACGUUCAAUGUCGAUAGACGGGUUUCCACAGGUCGAACAGUGCGUUAAUUAUCUUGCCGGCAAUGAUGAUGGUAACCCACCGACCAACGAAGAAAACACCCGGGCCGAGUGGCAACACAGUGAGUUCCAGCCCUCUCUACAUCCGCAUUUAAGAAUGCAAAAUCUAUCGAUCUCUUGCUCACUGGUGUGCCUUAUAAUACUAGGCAGUGCUGCUCUAGUUGGAGCCUUCGGUGUAUGUCAACGGCAAAUUAGUGCAGUGUUAGUCACUGGCGUGAUGUAUCUGUUGGCCGCUCUUUUCGCACUAUUCACACUGAUGAUAAUACACUUCAAACGCCAGCAAGGACGUCCACUAUCAGAAAUUGAUUACAGUGUCUCCAUCGAUGGAGUAGUUGCCGUGAAGCCCGACUUUCUAUAUGCUCAGCCAUUGUUAGAUGCUCGAGUUAUCGUAACCGCUUGGAGCCUGGACCUGGGAUGGGUAGGUGUAGUACUGUGUACAUUUACUUCGUUCCUGUGGAUAUUACUAUCUAAGAUAAUGAGAUUCAAUCCACUCUCGGCAAUGAUUUGAUGAUUUAAAAUCCGAUUUAAUAAAGUCUCCGUUUACAAUGUUACAUAAAAUACAGAGCACUUUAAAUUACUUCUUUCUAGAAACACAAAUGUUUAGCUUUACCAGCGUUAGUGCUCACAAAAAAGCUAGCAACUUGUUCUUAGUUGCAGAUACACAUCUACAAGAAUCGCUCCAGAUUUGAUUAGCUUGCGAAAAACAAAACCAAAAGACUUUUUUAAACGGGAGUCAACUGUUUAAAAAUCACACAUUAUUCCAUGCAUAUUUUAGAGACAGCUAUUGUCAUUCUACAUAAAUUUUAGCUUUUUGAAUGCUAUCUUCGUGUGACAUACAUUAAAAUUGAAAAACAAAUAACAACCAAUGAAACAUAAAGUACGACUUUUUGCAAUGCUUUUAUUGCUAAACUUUUUUAUUCAAAACUUUACUUUCCUGUCUUGAAAAUAAACUCAAGACCACCUAAAUCUAAAACCAAUUAUUCAGCUUGUCAUGCAAACAAUUGCACGGAAAAGCUGUAAUAGGAAUAAAAAACUUCAAACCUUCGAAAACAACAGUAGCAACUUCUAUCGCAAAAAUAAACAUACCAAAAUCAUUAGUGAAAAAAUUAAUCUUAAUGCUUUGCCUUGAAAAACCGACAAAAACAUAUGCAUUCACCUUAUACAUAUAAAAAAUAAAUAGAAGUCACAAUAA